AACGAUCCAUGGGCUACUGCCCGGCCCGCUUCCCGUCCGCGCGCCGCGUAGCCGCACGGGCGUACAGCGUACGCAACCUGCCUGCGCCCCCGCUUUCGCUUCACCGCACCGCGCCGCGCCGCAUCACAAAGCCCCGCACCAACACAGCAGCCCCACCUCAUUCGCCUCCGCCCGCCGCUGCACCUUCCCAUUCUCUCGCCAGCUCCCGCUCUCCUCUUCCUCCGCGCGCCGAGAAGAUGGGGAAGCGGUGGAUCCCCCUCGAGGCAAACCCCGACGUCAUGAACCAGUUCAUGUGGGGACUGGGAGUCCCCGAGGGGGACUCGCAGUUCUGCGACGUCUACGGCCUCGACGACGAGCUGCUCGCCAUGGUGCCCCAACCAGUGCUCGCCGUCCUCUUCCUCUACCCCCUCACCUCCCUGGACGAGGAGGAGGAGGAAUCCGGCGCUUCUGGCACAUUGUCCGCAGGAGGCAAGGAUUUGAGCGAGAAGGUAUACUUUACAAAGCAGACUGUUGGCAACGCUUGUGGAACAGUUGGUGUUAUUCAUGCAAUAGGGAACGCCACAUCUCAAAUCAAGCUAGUUGAGGGGUCCUAUUUUGAGAAGUUUUAUAAGCAAACGGCUGAUAUGGAUCCAGUCCAGCGUGCUGCCUUCCUUGAGGAGGACAAUGAGAUGGAGGAUGCUCAUUCUGUUGCUGCGUCUGCUGGUGACACUGAUGCAAAUGUUGAUGUGAAUGAACAUUUUGUAUGUUUCUCCUGUGUUGAUGGUGAACUUUAUGAGCUUGAUGGACGAAAAUCACAACCCAUAUCUCAUGGCCCUUCAUCACCUAGUACCUUGUUGCAGGAUGCUGCAAAAGUCAUCAAAGCCAGAAUUGCGGAGAACCCUAACUCAAUGAACUUCAACGUCAUGGCUCUGUCAAAGAACUGAUGUAAGCUGCCAUGGAUAGGUUUUCUUUGAUGAACACGAACCCUUUUUCCUUUCGCAUGUGCUGGGCAGUGGGUGCCCAGAACCCUAUGGAAGGUCUGCAUAGGGCAAAACGAAGAUAGGAAAACGAUUACCAAAAGCACGAAACUGGGCUGUUUGCACAAAUUUUCGAUCGUAUGACUUGAAAUGUUCGGUUAUACUCUCGUGCCUUGUUUGUGGAGAUAGAAACUGUUAUUCAAAUGGUUACUUGUUUCCUGUUA